CUCCCGCCGAAGAACUGCCUCCUCAGGGCGCAGCGGCUUUGCCACCAGAGCCGGACGACGCAGCGUCAGAGGCGGCAUCGGGCUCCGAGGAGCGCGGCGACGAGAUUGGUUCCGAGCUCGGCGUCAAACAGGAUGAGCUUGAGAGUGCCAAGCGCGAGCUUGAGGAGGAAGAGGCUCCACCGCAGGGCGCGGUAGCCAAGGUUGAGAAUGAGGAGCGCUCGCCCGAGGCGGCAGCGCCGCAGGCGGAGGAGGAGGAGGCAGCUCAGGACGAUCCGCCAGCAGGCGCUCCCCAGGUAGGGGAGUUCGUGGAUGUGCAUGGCAUCGGGCAUAGCAUCGUGCGUUGCAACCGCUGCUGUCGCACGGCAAAGGAGUGCAACUACAGGAUCAGGGCGAAGGGCCAGUCGACUUACCAGUGCGACGCGUGCAACACGAACGGGGUGCGCCUUUCUCGGAGGUUCGGACAGUGGCCGCCAAAGUGUUUCGCCAAAAUGAAGAGUGAGUUCAAGCAGCAGUUCUACAAGGAUCUGGCAGAAGAUCCUGGGCUGUCGAACCUCGAUCGCAUUGAAGCCUUCGUGGUCAGCUCAAUCACUGUCCAACGGAUGGAGGAGGAGCGCGUCCGCAAGGGUGGCAAGUACCUUCCGCUGAGGAAGUGGGCGCACGACGGCUUCGACGCGAAAAAGAUUGAAGAUAAUGUGCAGGAUAAGAGGUGGAACCCUGAUCUCGGGGAGUGGACGUACAGGCCGCAAUUGGAGGCGGCCUGGAGCGAGACAGUGGAGGCCGCAGUGCGCAACGAGCUGUACACCGAUAAGAGGACGCAGGCGAAGCAGAGCGGCCCGCGGGCAGCGGCCUCGACGGGCGUCGCAGAGCACGGCGGCGACAAGGGCGACAGAAGCGACGAGAGCGACAUGUCCAGAUCCAGGAGCCGCUCGCGCGGCGACCGCGACAGGAGCAAGAGCCGCCGCAAGGGCAGGAGCAAGAGCCGCGGCAAGAGCAAGGACAGGAGCAAGAGCAGGGAUAAGGACGCUGAGAAGGAGCGGAGGCGACAGGAAGCGAGGGAGAAGGCCGAGCAGGCCAAGAAGGAGACGCAGGAGAAAAACCUGGCGCUGAAGUGGAUCGGCACCGCAACGAGGCUCGAGACAGAGCUGGACGGGUACCUCGAGCAUGAGAAGGCGGACAAGGUGCCGUCAUGGGCUGUGAAGAACGCGAAGGCGGCGAGGAAGUCUGUGGCAGUCAUGAAGGCGGUGGCGCAGAAGCGCGUGCACAGCGGCGUGGCGUUGACGAUCACGCAGGACGAGGCCAUCAGCAUCCAGAAGGAUGCGAGCUCGGCGGCGAGGGCCAUCGCGGGGAUGCUCAAGGAGGCGCAGAAGCACAGCACCU